AUGAACCUCGAUACCAUCACGCCCGAUCUCGACAUGUCCCGAGCGGCACUGGACGAGUUCGUCACCCACCGGGUGUCGCGAGAGAUGGUGACGUACUUGGCCGAUCAGGCCUCACAGGUCAUCCGCUGUGAGGCCCAUGUGACCAACACCGUCAACCAACAUGGCCAACCCACGCCGCCCUCAACACCGCCCAUGGAUGCCUCCGAUUCGCUGCCACCCCUGCCCACCAUCGAAGAGUUUAUUUCCUCUCUGGUCGCUCGGUCGCAGGUCCAGGUGCCCACCCUCAUGAGCUCGCUCGUGUACCUGGGUCGUCUGCGGGCCCGUCUUCCACCCGUGGCCAAGGGCAUGCGUUGCACCGUCCACCGGAUCUUCCUCGCUUCACUAAUUCUGGCAGCCAAGAACCUGAAUGACUCCAGCCCCAAGAACAAGCACUGGGCCCGGUACACCAUGGUCAAGGGAUAUGAUGGAUUUGGAUUCUCGUUACCCGAGGUCAACCUGAUGGAGCGUCAGCUGCUCUUCCUGCUGGAUUGGGAGACUCGUGUGACGGAAGAAGAUCUCUUGACAUAUUUGGAACCCUUUCUGGCCCCCAUCCGCGAACGAAUGGAGGCUCGGGAACGGGAACGUAAAGCUGAGGAAGAAUUGAAAAUAAAGCAACAGCAACAUCGGGAAUGGCGUCGGCUUCAUGCUUCUGCGGACCUGCUGGCCAGCCGCCUCCGACGCCAGAAGAUGGAGGCGAGAGCUGACAGCCGCCGGCUCCCAAGCCACGUCUCUUGCCCGAGCAUCAAUCCUUCUCACAGCUCCCCCCAGUUCGUCGCGGAGCAAGACCGAUACAGGCCGUAUCACCGCCAGCGCACCUCGCCCCACCGCCCCGGUCGCUCCAUCUCCCCACCAUCCAUUAGUGACGUCCCUGGUCUGUCCCAUGCCGAGACGUUUAACUCGCUUUGCUCUCGUUCAUCCAGCACUGCUCCUAGUUCCCGCGGCACUCCCGCCAGCAUCAGCACUUGCUCUUCCAAUGGAAAUGACGAUGUGAUGGUCACCGACCCCAGCACGAGCCCGUCUGUCUCGUCACUGACAUACAGCUACGUCAACGUCGGCGCUCUCGAUGCUAAGUCAUCUUUUGAGCCCGUUCGUCAGCCCAGCAAGAAGAUCAAAGUCUCCAACCACUCCCACAGCGGUGGCUUCGUCGCCCGAUUCCUCGCCACUGCAACUGGCUCUUAUAUGGGCAACCGCAUCAGUCGGCCUCACGCCUAA